AAUAAAAGCCACUUUAUAUAUAUAUAUAUAUAUAUAAGAGAACCAAAAACAACAACAACAACAACAAAAAAGCCGGACUGGAGAAAGAAACAGUCCGAGGAUCCUCAGCUUUCAUCCAGAAUUAAAGCCGUCUUUUUUUUUUUUUUUAAAAAUCUUUUUUUAAUUAUUUUUAAAUCUUUUUUCCUGAUUUUUUUUUUCCAAUCCUUCUUUUUUUGAUUCUUUUUUCUUCUUAAUUUUUGCAUGAGAGGGUCAUGAGUUCCUACUUUGUAAACCCUCUUUUUUCCAAGUACAAAGGCGGCGAAUCGCUGGAACCAACUUACUACGACUGCAGAUUUCCACAGAGUGUUAGCAGGAGCCAUGCUCUCGUUUACGGUCCGGGCACAACAGCACCCACCUUCCAGCACCCAUCACAUCACGUCCAAGAGUUCUUUCACCACGGAACCUCCAGCAUCUCCAACUCUGGAUACCAACAAAACCCGUGCGCCUUGGCGUGUCACGGAGACGCUUCUAAGUUCUAUGGAUAUGAAGCUCUGCCGAGGCAAUCGCUUUAUGGUGCUCAGCAAGAGACGACUGUUGUACAAUAUCCUGACUGUAAAUCGUCUUCCAACAGUAACUCUAGCGAGGGACAAGGGCAUUUAAAUCAAAAUUCGUCUCCCAGUCUCAUGUUCCCAUGGAUGAGACCUCACGCUCCCGGAAGACGCAGUGGCAGACAAACUUACAGCCGGUACCAGACCCUGGAGUUAGAAAAGGAGUUCCUCUUCAACCCGUAUUUGACACGGAAGCGACGGAUUGAGGUCUCUCACGCCCUGGGACUGACCGAGAGACAAGUGAAGAUCUGGUUCCAGAACAGGAGGAUGAAGUGGAAAAAAGAAAACAACAAAGAUAAGCUGCCGGGGGCCAGAGACGAGGAGAAAACGGAAGAAGAAGGGAAAGACGAAGAGGAAAAAGACGAAGAGGAAAAAGACGAAAGCAAGGACUGAGUUCUCAGCCCCUUGAAGUCUCGUUUUAUGGCAGAUGAUAAAUCGAGAUGUUUACGACGGUCAUUUGCUUUUAUAGAGUAUAGAAUGGAGAGGCUCACACAGCAGUAACUACCUGUCAAACAGUUGUAGCCUUUUUUAUUGUCAUAGAAACUUCCCCUACUUUCCCCCCCCCUCCUCCCUUCUCCUUUCUUUCUUUUUCUUUUUUAGCCCCCCCCUUGUUUUGUUUUGCUUUCCUUUUUAAUUGCGGCGUUUUUAGCUCCAUUAAUACAUAGUUGGCUUCAGUGCAGCGACGGUGUAUGACGGGUUGCGAAGGGGGGGGCAAAACGGUGCAGCAAAACCCGACGCCCCCCAUCCAAAGGCCGCAGCUCGUCCCCGGCUGUACAAAAUGUAUUUAUUUGAACAGCUUUGACUUUGCCUUUUUCCGCUUGGUUUUGCCUCUCGCGAAUGACCCCGGGGGAAGCGAAGGGGUGUCGGUGCUGUGGCCGUCUAUGAGGGCCGAUGGCCGUUCCUAAAAGCCGUUUAUCACCCAUUGAAGGCGAGAUAAGGGGGGAGGCUCGGAGCCCACCUGGUAGCUCCCGCACCUCCUCCCCAUUGCGUUGCUGUUGGGUUCCCAUUGCGUUCCUAUUGGGUUCCUAUUGCGCUCCUAUU